AGGGAGAGCUGUAGAGGAUUAAAAUUUUGCAUACAAACUUACCUGAAGCUCAGUUCAAACAGUAUGUUAUUCUUUUGACUUGGUAAUUAAGUAUAAUACCCAGGUCAGAAGAGCAGUCAUGCAGUUAAACUAUUUCUCAUCCUUAUUUCCUUUGGUGGCUGCUGCUAGUAAGUCUACCAAGAGUGGGGCUCUAUACUGUCAAUACCCAAAGGAGAAUGAAAGGUCACUCUUCCCAGAAACUGUAGUUCUUCAAGUUGAUUGCCUGUAUAGCUCCAUUCCUGCUUUUACAGAGGUCCUAUUACAAGCUCUAGAAAUCCAAAUUUGCCUGCUGCAUCCAUCAAAGCUGUUCAUUCAGUGAAGGUCAAAGGUUCUGUUGUUGGUGCACCAGCUGAUCGUCUGUAAGCUGUAUCGCUGAGCAUAACAAAGUGCUGUGCAUUGCUGAUGUGCGUCACAGGACCCUGGGUUUUUGCACAGGGAUUAGUCAGGCUGUAUUUGGAAACGCCCUCAACUGCACCUUGUGCUGCUAUAUUAGUGUUUCCCAAGCAAGAAGAAUUUUCUUUCACUCCUUCAGCUGCUCCGGCAAACCCCUCCGCCUGUAUGCAAGCCCUGCAUCUCUGGACGUUGCUUACCACCUAUGCUGUUGCAGUAGGACAAAAUCAAGGACAGAAGAAUCAAGAGUGCCCUAAGCUCAACGCACAGAUGCCAGAAUUUCAGAAGAAGACUGUCCAUAUCAAGGACCCAGGAAGAGUAGAAGAAAUCAUCUGUGGACUCAUCAAAGGUGGAGCUGCCAAACUUCAGAUCAUUACAGAUUUUGAUAUGACAUUAAGUAGAUUUUCUUACAAUGGAAAAAGAUGUCCAACAUGUCACAAUGUCAUUGAUAACUGUAAGCUCAUCACAGAAGAAUGUCGGAAAAAGUUAUUGCAGCUGAAAGAAACAUAUUAUGCUAUUGAAAUUGACCCUGAUCUUACCAUUGAAGAAAAAUAUCCUUACAUAGUUGAAUGGUACAAUAAAUCACAUACUUUACUUGUUGAACAAGGUUUACAAAAGGAUAAAUUUGCAGAAAUCGUGAGGGAAUCUGAUGUUAUGCUCAAGGAAGGAUAUGAGAACUUCUUUGAUAAGCUCAAUGAACAUAAUAUUCCUGUGUUCAUAUUUUCUGCUGGGAUUGGAGACAUUCUAGAGGAAAUCAUCCAUCAGGCUGGCGUCUACCAUUCUAAUGUGAAAGUAGUUUCCAAUUUCAUGGAUUUUGAUGAGAACGGUGUGUUAAAGGGAUUUAAAGGAGAAUUGAUUCAUGUUUAUAACAAACAUGAUGGUGCCUUGAAGAACACAGAGUACUUCAAACAGUUAAAAGACAACAGCAACAUCAUAUUGCUUGGAGAUUCACAGGGAGACUUAACUAUGGCAGAUGGAGUAGCAAAUGUUGAACACAUUCUUAAGAUUGGCUAUCUAAAUGAUAAAGUAGAAGAGCUUCUGGAAAAAUACAUGGACUCUUAUGAUAUUGUUUUGGUGAAAGAUGAAUCUUUGGAUGUGGCCAAUUCCAUCCUACAGAAAAUCCUGUAAAUUGCAUCCUCAAGUCACUCUACUUCUCCUAAUGGGACAACUGGACAGAAGAGCACAUUUGUGCUAUCUUAGAGAUGUGUUUAUUAUUCAUAUUGUUUUCUGAACUCUUGAAAUUCUUAAUUUAAAAAUUUUGAUCAUUUUGGUAUCUAAAAGUAAUAUACAGCAUCCAUUGUUAACUGGAAGCUUUACUGUUCUUAUGCCACCCCUCACUGUCUCUCACCUCUGCUCUGUUUUAACAGAUGUGAUUAACUUUACUGCUUAGAGGACAUUACAAUUUGUUCUUUUAAUCAUGCAUAUGAGAGGGGUGUUUUAGAAGCUGGAGUUAUUUUGUAAUAUUUAAGAUGUAAAGAUUCUGUGAUUAGCUAAUGUGCAGGGAUCUGUGUUGCGUUUUGUACAGUCCUGAGUUCUCUCACACAAACAGCUAUUUUCAAGAAUCAUAGUUGCCCUUGAGGGCCGUGGUUAUUUUAAUGUUUCACAGUACAAGUUUUCAUAAUUUUUUUCCCCCUGAUGAUGAAAAUGAUACAACAUAAAGAUGUCGUGGUUCAGACAAAAUGUUACUGUA